AGUUUUGAAACUGAAUCUGAAUUUUUCCUCGAAAAAUGAGAAAGAUCGCAUUGGCGUGAUCGAUCAUUUGCGAGGUUAUUUUUUAUUUAUAAAUAUCUCGGAUCCAUUGCCAAUUGGGACCACUUAACAUCAUUUCUCCUUGACAUUUCAUUGACGACAUCACGAGAUUGUUUCAAACCUGUCGGUUAACUAUUGCAAAUGUCACAGAGUUUUUAAUUGACACAAUUGGAGGAUUUGAUUUGAGUUGAAGGAGUGAUUAAAUCUUAAAGAAUUCAUUUUCAACUGAACACAAUUAAUUUGGAUAUUAUAAUAAGUUACAACUAAGACGCUAAUCUGACUUUCAAAUAAAUUGAAGAAGCAACAUUACAUUUUAUUUUCGAUGCCAGAAUCAUGUUUUAUUUUAAACAUGCAAAGUAUAACUCAGCACAGCUAAAAAGAACAUACUUUAUGUCAUCUGCUCAUGAUAACGUCAUCAUCCGAAUCAAUAAAACUACUAAGAUACUUCAGUAAUAUUGACUGCCUCUCAUCGCCGAAAAACUUAUUCAAUUACGUGAAAGAAUCACAAUGACGAAAAUGGAUGAAAUGGUGAUACGGGUGUUAUACGGAAGCGAGACCGGAACCGCUCAAGAUGUUGCCGAACAAAUUUGGAAGAGCGCCAAAAGGAAAGGAUUGCGAAGCAUAGUAUCAUCUCUGAAUGACUAUGACAUUCAAAAUCUCCCUUUCGAACAAUUGAUUAUCUUUGUUGUCGCAACGACUGGACAAGGAGACCCUCCAGCCAACAUGAAACAAUUCUGGAGACAUCUGUUACGCAAGACUCUCCCAACAACCAUGCUCCAAAAUCUGAAAUAUAGCGUACUUGGAUUGGGCGAUAGUUCUUAUACAAAAUUCAAUUUUGCUGCGAAGAAAUUAAAUAAACGUCUCGUGCAAUUAGGUGGCGAAGAAUUAUUACCCAUUGGACUUGCCGAUGAUCAGCAUAAUUUGGGAAUUGAUGCUGUGAUCGAUCCUUGGAUCAAAAAAUUGUGGGAAGAAAUUGCAAAUGUUUUCAAAAUUUCUGUAGAGGACAAAAUAAACAAAGAAGAUUUGAUAAUUGAGAGAUAUAGUAUUUCAAUAAUAGAAAUGAAUCAAUCAAAUCCGAUACGUAUUGACGAACAGUUAUUAGACAUUCCAUAUCAUUUAAAUACUGAUAUCUAUGCACAAGAAACAUUCAUCAAUAGCGACGUCAGAAUAGGAACGAUAGUUGAAAAUAUAAGAACUACUUCCCAAGAUCACUUUCAAGAUGUUAGAUUGAUAACAAUCGAAGCGAAUAAUAUUAAUUACGACCCUGGAGACGUUAUCUACAUUAGACCGAAGAAUACGACAGAACAAGUAAAACGGUUUUUUGAUAUACUACACGAACACGAUAUAAAACUGUUUCCAGAUACAAUAAUUCAAGUAUCGGAGAAAGAGAUAAAGGUUCCAUUUAUUUUAAAACAAAAUUUAACUUUAGGAGAAAUUGUUGAACAAUAUUGGGAUCUGAAUUUCAAGCCACGAAGAUCUACCAUGCAUACUUUAUCUCUUAUCAGCGAAAAUGAAUUGGAGAAAGAAAAACUAUGUGAAUUUGCCAGUCCAAUUGGCCAAGAAGAGCUUUAUGAUUAUAUAAACAGGCCAAGAAGAAAUGUUUUGGAGGUCCUUACAGAUUUCCCUCACACGACCAGUAAAUUAAACAUUACAUUAUUGUUUGAAAUCAUGUCACCCAUAAAGCCACGUCCUUAUAGCAUUGCCUCCAGUUUAGAAGAUACUCCAAAUAGAAUACAAGUUCUAGUAGCAAUAGUUAAAUUUAAGACUAGAUUGGUGGAACCGAGAUUUGGGUUAUGUUCAAAGUGGUUGGCAAGUUUAAAUAAUAAUGAUAAAGUGAUAUUUUGGCUGCAGAAAGGCACUUUUCGAUUUGAUAAUAAUAAGCCGAUGAUUUUGAUUGGUCCUGGAACUGGAGUGGCUCCAUUUAGAGCUUUGCUUUUAGAGAAAGUGAAAAAAGGAAAAGAUUUAAAAGAAUGUAUCCUAUUUUUUGGAUGUAGAAAUGAAAGUAAGGAUUAUCACUGUAGAGAAGAUUUUGAACGAUUAUCAAGAAAAAAUAAUCUGAAAGUAUUUUGCGCAUUUUCCAGAGAUCAGCAUCACAAAAUAUAUGUCCAACAUCUUAUCCGCCAACAAAGAGAGCUGUGCUGGCAGUUUUUAGAAAAUAAUGGUAGUAUUUAUUUAGCAGGAAAUUCUAAAAAUUCUUAUAAUACUUUUCCUCUGCUUGUUGGUUCAGAACCAGUACGUCUUUCACCAGGAUGGGAAGGCACAGGUAGACCUGACGACGAAUUGAAUUUUAAAGGUGUUACAAUGGAUCAAGCAGAUCUCGAAUUAAAUCCUCCUAGAGAUAGAUUAAAUUUAGUAUUUUUCAUAUUGAUACUUCAUGGAAUCGGUGCCUUGAUGCCAUGGAAUAUGUUUAUAACAGCUAAAGAUUAUUUUGUCAGUUAUAAAUUGUCGAAGGAAUAUACUGGUGUAGAUACAAAUUAUGCGAUGAAUUUUCUUGCAUAUCUGUCAUUUGCAUCACACGUACCAAAUUUAUUAUUCAAUUGGCUGAAUAUAUUUUUGCAAUUUGGAGGCAACUUAACGGCGCGUAUAGUAUGGAGUAUCUUUGUUUUGGUCUUAAUAUUUGUCUUUACUGUCAUUUUGGCAAUGACUGACAGUUCUGGUUGGCCUGGAAUAUUUUUCUGGAUUACUAUGAUAUCUGUAGUUAUAUUAAAUACUGCCAAUGGCAUUUAUCAGAACUCAGUGUUUGGAAUGGCAGCUAAAUUACCUAUCAGGUACACAGGUGCUGUUGUCUUAGGCUCGAAUAUCAGUGGAACUUUUACAGCCAUAAUAAACUUCCUAGCUCAAAUAAUGGCGCCAAAUGCGCGCACUGCCGCAAUAUAUUACUUCAUCACGGCUUUGUUUAUUCUCCUGGCCUGCUUUGACACGUACUUUGCACUUCCAAUUAAUAGAUUUUAUCGAUAUCACGAGCUUCUUCAUCAAAAAGAGACGAACAAAAGACAAUUAGAGAACAAUUCAAGAGGAAAACCAGCUUAUUGGAAGGUGUUCAAGGCGUGCUUUCCACAAUGUUUCAACAUAUUUUUAAUCUUCUUUGUCACUUUAGCACUUUUCCCAUCUGUCCAAUCUGAUAUACAGUCUUCAGACAAGAAUUUUGUGAUUCCUUCUGAAUAUUAUAGCAGUGUUAUGUGCUUUUUAACAUUCAAUAUCACUGCCAUGCUAGGAAGUUUAAUCGCAUCGUUGGUUCAGUGGCCGAGCAGAAAGUAUCUAGUGAUUCCAGUGAUUCUACGAAUUGUCUACAUACCAUUGUUUUUAAUUUGCAACUAUCAGCCAAUGGGCGUAGAAAGAAUAUUACCGGUACUUAUUAAAAAUGAUUGGGUGUUCUGGGUUAUUGCCAUUACUAUGGGCCUUAGUAGCGGCUACCUAUCAUCAUUGUCGAUGAUGUAUUGCCCUAGAAUGGUGGAUUCACAGUAUGCUUCGACGGCCGGCAUGUUUGGAGCGGCGUCUUUGAUGACGGGGAUUUUCACUGGAAUUCUGUUUUCCAUGGUGAUGCCUUCUAUCGUGGCCAACAUAAAAUUUUGAUCGUUUUAAAGAUAAGAUUUAGCAAUAUGCUUAUAUUAACUCAGGAGCUAAAAAAAAUAUUGCAAAUUAAGAGUGCAGUCUAUCUCCCACACAUAAUUACAAAUUAAAAUAAUGUGAAAUAACGAUUUAAAAACUUGAAGAAAUAAUAAUGUUGAAGAAGAAAAGUAAAACGUUAUUCCUAAAAACAACUCGAGAAAAGAAAUGACAUUUCAGAAACGAACAUUACUUUCCUCGACACAAAUAAGAGAGAUGUUUUCCAGAAUGCUCGUUUGCUUAUAUAUACGUUAAAUACAUACAUAUAUAUAAAUAUAUAUCUAAUCGUAUAAUUCUUUAAAUAACAAUUAUAUAAGGAUAAGCUCUUAAUUAAGCUAUUUGGAAGCAAUGCGUGUUUUCUAUAAGUGUGUGGCUUGGAGUUUUUAUUGAUUGAUAAUUUUUUAAAUCCCGUUAAUAGAAGAAAUAGAUACGAAAGUAAAUUAAGACCAUGUAAAGUGCAUUAAUAAUACAAAAUGAUCGUCUCAUACAACAGAUUUGUAUAGGAAAUACCGGAAUCCAUGGUUCUAUGAGAAUUAUAGAAACUAAUUCUCUACUAUUAUUACUACUGCCCCUAUUACUAAAACCGGACCAAUAAGCCUUAUUAAUAAAAGUUAUGCGGCGCUCCA